GCUACUGUUUACAUUUUAUUUAUUCGACAAGAAAUCCUCAAGUUAUUUCUUUAAUUAAUAUCAAAUUUGAGCGGCCUAAGUUUCAGUUAUGUCCGCCUUCAAUCUACGAACAAACACGUCAUUCUUGAAAACCAAAGCUCUUCAAAGCAAGAUGAUUAAUUUAUCGUUCUUUCGAACAUGAAUGAUAACGACGUUGAUAAUGCCACAGAAAACGUAGUCGCUGUGGGCGAUCAAACCAUCAAAGUUGAAGUUUUGGUUCCUGAUGGUGAUGGCUCACAUGAAAGCAUCACAGAUAUACAAAACUAUCUGCAAACUUUCAAUAAAGAAAUUCAAACUAUUCAGACGGAAUCCACCCAGGCUGAUGUCGAGCCGCAGCCCAACGUUGGCAAUGAAGGAAAUACAUUCUUUGUGACAGACACUGGAGAAUACUUUUAUCAAACCGAUGCUGUGAAUGCGCAAGUUGUAACCGUCGUCAGCGACGACAAAGAAGAUCAGACCGCAGGAACAGUAGCUAUUGAAAGUCAGAAAAACUCUAGUCAGAAGGAUAUCACUAGUGAUGAAAAUAAAAUGGUGAGUAAAUUGAACGAAAUGACAAGUCAUAUUAUUUCGGGAGAAGAAACUUUCCAAACAGUUACCAUUGUACCGACUGAAACGAAUCCUGGAGAAGUGAGCUAUGUUUUAAUAGUUCAACAACCAGACGAGGGUGAAAAGGAGAAAGAAGAAGUGGAGGAAGGCGACGACCAAGACAUAACGGUUUAUGAUUUUGAUGACGCCGAAGAUCCUUCAGCCAGCGGCACUGUAGAUUCUGCUGACGAAGACGAUAAAUCGAAGAUCAUGAAAAUAGUCACUAAAAAAUCUCAAAGCGUAUCACAAGCCCAUAUGUGUAAUUAUUGUGACUAUACCAGCCCGAAAAAGUAUCUUUUGUCCAGACACAUGAAAUCUCAUUCUGAAGAGCGGCCGCAUAAAUGUAGCGUGUGCGAUCGUGGAUUUAAAACUAUGGCUUCGUUACAAAAUCACGUAAAUACGCAUACGGGUACCAAACCUCAUCAAUGUAAAUAUUGCAGCAGCGCUUUUACAACGUCUGGUGAACUCGUACGUCACGUUCGUUACAAGCAUACCCAUGAAAAACCACAUAAGUGUUCGAUUUGUGAUUACGCGAGCGUUGAAUUGAGUAAAAUGAGGAAUCAUAUGAGAUGUCAUACAGGAGAACGCCCUUAUCAGUGUCAACAUUGUACGUACGCUAGUCCGGAUUCAUUUAAAUUGAAACGCCAUUUACGUAUUCACACCGGGGAACGACCCUACGAAUGUGACAUUUGUCACUCAAGAUUUACUCAGUCCAAUAGUCUUAAAGCUCAUAGAUUGAUUCAUAGCGACGAUAGUGAUAAGCCUGUGUUCAAAUGCGAUUUAUGUCCAGCCACUUGCGGCCGUAAAACGGAUUUACGUAUUCAUGUUCAGAAAUUACACACUUCUGAUCGCCUAUUUAACUGCCGUAGAUGCGGGAAGAAUUUCCCCGAUAGAUAUACUUUUAAAAUGCACAAUAAAAGCCACGACGGAGAAAAAUGCUGGAAAUGUGACCUAUGUCCUUACGCUUCGGUAUCUCAUAGACAUCUAGAAUCACACAUGUUAAUUCAUACGGAUCAAAAACCAUUCCGUUGUUCAUUAUGUGAUCAAUGUUUUAGACAAAAACAACUUCUAAAACGUCACGUUAACUUGUACCACGAUCCCAGUUACGUUCCUCCGCCACCUAAAGAGAAAACUCACGAAUGUCCCGAAUGUAAACGCGCUUUCCGUCACAAGGGUAAUCUGAUUCGUCACAUGUGCAUGCAUGAUCCAGACUCCGAAGCCAUUCACACUGCAAACGCGCUUAAAGUGGGUCGUCAAAAGAAAAUUCAAGUCGUAAAUGGAGAAGAAUUGAAAAUCGUCUCGAGUGAAGAAGAUAUCAUCAUGAAAGAUGAAUUUAUCGAAAGUGAUGCCAAAUUAUUAAAGAACGAAUUAGGAAAUCAGCUCAUCGAAGGAGCCGAUGGGCAGCACUACGUUGUGUUAGAAGUUAUUCAAUUACAAGGAGGAGAUGGUGAACAGGCGGUAGCUGUAGUGUCCGAGGGAGAUUUCAAUGGUAGUUUGAGCAUCGAUAGCGCCAAUGCUAGUCAAUACAUUACUUCUGAUUACGAGCCGGAAGAAACACACGAAGGUAAAACUACGAUUAAAGUAGUAAAAAAUUCUGUCGACUCGAGCACUGACGUCCAAAAUUGUUUUGGUUUUGAUGAAGAAGAAGAAGAUAUGGAAAAUUAAUCACGAUUAGAAUAACCCAGUCAGUAACCACAUAGCAUUCUAUUGCACAUCGUGUCAUUUUAGUACAAAUGUAACUCCUACGCUUUUUAUUCCUAAUUUUAAUUUUGUUUUUGAUCCGUUUUAUCUGGUACAUUCAAUAUUGUGGUUUUCCGAAAGAAAUAUCGUCGUGAAAUUAUAUGUUUAGUUUUUAGUUAUUUUUACCUUUCAAUUAGUCAUAAAAAUAUGCAUUUUGAUAUUUUAUUCUGAUCUGUUUCUCGAAUUCUACGUUCCAACAAUGCGGGUCCAUUGUUUUCGAACGCAGAUACUUCAUUUGAAAAUUUUAUUUUUAUACGGUGUUGAACACAGAAGAUAUUUUAUAUGUUGUUAAGUUAUUAUUAGGUACCUACUACCUACAUUGUGUUUUGUUUCAAGUGUAAUAUUUUACGCUAUAUUUUGAAUAUUAAAAUUACUCGAGGAAUUGAA